GCAAGGAAAGCAAUUAAGAAUUUUGCGGUUAAUAUGUGGCGUGACAAAAAGAUUGAUUCUAUAGACGUUGAUUCUGAACAUAUUCCUUCAAAAGAUCACGUUCCUCAUCCCUGCUUCCCUAAAAAUUACACCGAAACAUGGUCAUUACCCAAUUUAUCUGAUGAGGAUACUACCACGCUUAUUGGAACUGGUGCUGGACAUGCUCAGUGUCGAUUCAUCAUAGAACAGAUGCUUAAUAAAACGGAAACAUGCCCUUUAUCACCUUGCUCGUUUAAUGGUGUAUAUCAGCCACCUAUCAGCGUAACGUUUUCGAACAAUGAAAUAUACAUAUUUUCAUAUUUCUAUGAUCGAGUUAGUCCGUUAGGUAUGCCGUCCGAAUUCUCUAUUAAAGAGCUCCGGGAUCUGACCGAUGAUGUGUGCGCUGGAAAUAUUAAUCAAUUCGAGCAUUUACCGGAGGCGAUGAAAGAACUUCGAAAGAAUCCUCAUUAUUGUAUGGAUUUAUCAUUUAUAUAUGGAUUAUUGCAUAUUGGGUACGAAAUUCCACUAGAAAGAGAGGUUAAAAUGGCUAAAAAGAUAAAGGGAAUUGAAACUGGAUGGUGUCUUGGUGCAGCAAUUUCAAUUUUGGAUCAAAAGCAAUGGUGUAAACCAUGA